CAAAUCGACUCUACCAUGCUGGGGCAUGAAUUCACAGAAACAACCGAUUUGCGAGCCGUUACCGAGCGCCUCUUGACCAUGGUUGGCAUUUGGCCGAAGAGUAAAACUAACUUUCGGUUUAUUCUCAGUCUCGCUUACAUGUUUAUUCACGUGACUAUGCAGUGGGCAUACUUUGUAAGUCACAUGGACGACCUUCAAGAAGUUACGGACAUGUUGGCUGACGCCAUUGUUUGCACGAUGGUUGUCAUAAAGCUACUGGUUUUUCACAAAAAUCGAAUAUUGAGUGAGAUGAUCGAUGCGAUGAGCGAAGACUGUGAAAAUAACAAGACUCGCUUAAGUCCAAGCGAGAAAAAAAUAUACGAAUCGUGCAAUUCGAAGGCAAAAACGUUUGUCAAAAUUUUGGCAUAUGUGAUCGGUUUCGGGGUUGUUGCUUGGUACGUCAGACCACUUCCGACAAUGGCAUUUGCAGGGAAUAGAAACGGUUCUACAUCCCUGCUGUUACCGUUUCGUAAUUAUUUUUCUUUUGAAAGAACGGAAGUCUACAUGUACGCUUUCGCGUAUGUGUAUCAAGUAGGGGCAUCAUGCCAGAUAUUUAUUGGAUUCGUGGGAACCCACGCGUUGCUUGUGUGUCUGAUCAUGCACAUAUGCGGGGAACUAUCGGUAUUAUCAGACAAAAUAAUGAAUCUGAAAAAGGACAUGGAGAAUGACCACGAUCGUCGAAUUCGAAAGAUAAUGAUGCGACAUGUACGUUUGAUGUGGAUGGCAAAGGAAAUCGACACCUCGUUCAGCUUUGUUUUUUUAACUCAAGUGUUAUGCUCUUCCAUAAUGAUAGCUAUCGCUGGAUUCAACGUGAUUAUGAAUUCCGAAAGCAAUCAAAAGACCGCUUUGGCAACUUUUGUUUUCUUCGAGGCUUCGGUACUGGUUGAUUUGUACGGUUAUUGCUUCGUCGGCGAAUUUUUGAUAAUUGAGAGCGAACGCGUUUCCGAUGCCGUUUAUCAUUGUGGUUGGUACGAGAUGCCGCCAUCCCAGGCGAGAGACUUGAUCUUAGUCAUGGCCAGAGCUCAAAAGCCACUUCAUCUCACCGUCGGGAAGUUUUUUGUCUUCUCUUCAGCAAACUUUGCCGAAAUAGUCAAGACAUCAAUGGCAUAUUUAUCAUUGCUCCGAGCUCUAGCGUGAGCGAGUUUCUUCAAUGAAUCAGAGAAUAACCAGUUCACGUUUGAAUUUGUCUUCAACACUUGACGCAUGAACUCGUUUGAUCGCGUUCCGUUGGAAGUGGAACUUUCAUUGGGAUCGAGCACGGAGAGUAUGCCAGUAAUAAGGAUCACUCGCUUAUGUCACUGUACUGUAUCUUAUUUUAAUUACAAGCGAUAUUGAUUCGAUGUAAUGAAACCAAAUGAUUCGUCACAAUUUGUAACUUGACAAGCGAUGUAUUCAUAUCUUCCGCAGUACCA